AUGACCAAGGAAACGAUCGAUCAUCUAGCAACUAUUUUUCCAAUAAAUCGUGACGCAUUGAAAUCCAAAUCAAAACAUCAACGAAGUGUAUCAAUUCUUAAAGAAUUCAGUUUAAAUACAUCAGCACAUGGUAUACCAAGUAUUCCUCAAGCUUUUCCAACAGUUACUAUUUGUAAUUAUUCUCCAAUACGAUAUGAUCGAUUUAUUAUUCCUUUUUUAAAUUAUACAAAUAUGCUUAAUUUAACAAAUACAAAUUCUUUUACAAUGGAAUUAUCUUCAUAUAUUCAUGAUUUUUUACUUUAUAAAAUAAAUCGAAAUGAAUCUUUAAAUGAUUUUUUUUAUUCACUUGAUUCAAUGAUAAUGUCUUGUGUUUACAAUAGAAUAACAUGUACAACAGCUAAUUUCACUUGGUUUUUAUCACCAGUCUACGGUCUUUGUUAUACAUUCAAUGCUCUAUUGAGAAAUAUUGGUAUUGCUGGUUUAAAAUAUAAUUCUGAUAAUGGAGUCAAUGGUUUACUUGACUUACCAGCAACAGAAAUUAUGAAUACAAACAGUAUUUGGACUACUUAUUGUCCUGAUUGUACACAAGAAUGUAUAUUUUCUGAUUUCAUAAUUAAAUCAACAUCACUCUUAGCACCACCUGAAUUCUUAAUGAAUGAUAUUCAAUCUAGUUUUAUUUCUUUAGAAGUUGCCUAUGAAACAACACGAACAGAAAUUUAUUCACAACAAGCAACGAUUACUGUAGUUGAUGUUAUUUCGAACAUUGGCGGAAAUACAGGACUCUGGAUUCGGAUUAAUUUUCUUUCGUUAAUGGAAAUUGUUGAAAUGAUCUAUCGACUUGUACGUUCUCGAUUUAAAAAUGAGAGAUGGAAUAGUUGGUAUGGUUUUCGCUGUGGUGUCAAUGAAACUGUAGUUCGACAAACAGCAGAUGCUCUCAUAGCUACAGGUCUUGCUGCAGCUGGAUAUCAAUAUGUGAAUUUGGACGGUUGUUGGCAAGGAAGCCGAGAUGCCGAAGGAAUUAUUCAUUCUGAUCCAGAAACUUUUCCAACUGGUAUUCCAGCUCUUGUUGAUUAUGUUCAUUCAAGAAAACUCAAGUUUGGCAUCUAUUCAGAUAGAGGAAAUAUGACUUGUGAUGGUAGACCUGGUUCAUUGGGCUAUGAAACAAUAGAUGCUAAUACGUAUGCUCUUUGGGGUGUAGACUAUUUAAAGCUUGAUAGUUGUUUUACAAAUGGAACUCCUCCAGCAGUAGAAUAUGCAAUUAUGCGUGAUGCAUUAAAUGCUACUGGAAGACCAAUUUUCUAUUCUUUAUGUGGUGGUGUUACAAAAUAUGAUCUUUGGUUACCUGAUGUUGGAAAUAGUUGGCGAACAGCAGACGAUAGUCAAAAUAAUUGGCCUGCAAUCAUGGCGAAUAUUGAUCAAAAUAAUGAUUUUACUCAACAAGCAGGACCAGGUGGUUGGAGUGAUCCUGAUAUGCUUCAAAUUGGUAAUGGUGGCAUGACUGAUAUUGAAUAUAGGACACAUUUUUCUCUUUGGUCUAUAACUAAAGCACCUUUAAUUAUUGGAUGUGAUAUUCGAAAUCUAAGUGCAACAAGUCUAUCAAUUUUGUCUAAUUCAGAAGUUAUUGCUGUUAAUCAAGAUCCAUUAGGUAUUCAAGGGAAGAAAGUAGCUUUUGCAUCAUCACAAUCAUUAAAUGCUUCAAGUGAAGUUAUUGUUGCUAACUGUUCAUUAUCAACUAUUGAUCCGAAACGUCGUCAAUGGGUAUAUAAUUCUCAAGAUGGAAGCUUUCGAUCAGUAUUUAAUGGACGAUGUUUAUCAAUUGCUCAAUGUAGUACAAGAAGAGAAACAUAUGCUGUACUGAAUGAUUGUCAAGUUGGUGAUCCACAAGCACAAUGUCAAGGUAAAAAUCAACAAUGGAUAGUUAAUCCAUCAAAUCGGACUAUUGUUUCACAAAUGACUGGUUAUUGUAUGGAAGUACAUAAUUCGUAUGGUCCAAAUGUGUAUGCACUUUUAUGUAAUGGUCGACAAAAUCAAAAAUGGGUAUGGAAUUCAACAGAUGGAACAAUAAAAAGUGAAUCGAGUAAUCAAUGUUUAACAGUUCCAUUAGAACUUGAAAUAUGGGCUGGUCCACUUUCAGACGGUUCACAAGCUGUCGUUUUAUUCAAUCGAGGUGAUAGUAACAAUGAACGUAUUACUGUAAAAUGGAGUGAUAUUGGUUUUCCUGUUAAUAAUUCAGCAACUGUUCGAGAUUUAUGGACGCAUCAAAAUCUUGGGAUAUUUACAGGCAAUUAUACAUCACCAGAUAUAGUUUCUCAUGGAGCUAUGAUGCUAAAUAUUAUUCCUACGAAAUAG